AUGGUGUGGGCGGGACUUCCGGCGGCGCCGUCCGGGUUCCGUUAGCUUGGCAUCGUCGAGAUCAGCAUUCGCUGAUUUAUGGUGUCACAGAGGUCUGGGUCGGGACUGAGGUGAGAGAGCGGAAAAACGCGAGAAGCGGUGUUCCUUCUACACAGUGGCAAGAGUGAGGAUCGUCUGAGUGGGCUGCAGGCGCUGCUCGUUCCCACCUGGCUCUUCCCUGCCUGGACUGGAGGAGGCCGGGCCGGUGAACCUGACCGAGGGUCCAUGGCAGCAACGCAUAAGGACCCUGCACAGACGGAGUUUCGCUCUCGUUAUCCCAGCUGGAGUGCAAUGGCGUCAUCUCGGCUCACCGCAACCUCCGCCUCCUGGGUUCAGGCAAUUCUCCUGCCUCAGCCUCCCCAGUAGCUGGGAUUAUAGGCACGCGCCACCAUGCCCAGCUGAUUUUUUGUAUUUUUAGUAGAGACGGGAUUUCACCAUGUUGACCAGGAUGGUCUCAAUCUCUUGACCUCGUGAUCCACCUGCCCCAGCCUCCCAAAGUGCUGGGAUUACAGCUUUGAGCCACCGUGCCCAGCCGAGCUGCCUGUAUUUUACAAUGGAGAGAGCAAGGAAGCUUGGGAGCUGAGAUGGGAAGAGGGGUCAGGAAUGGCCCCACAGUUUGGCCUUGUUUGGAAGGAUGGAUGGUCCAGCAGCUAAGAUGAUUGUAUGGUCUUUGAGGAUGUGGCCAUAUAUUUCUCCCAGGAGGAGUGGGGGAUCCUUAAUGAUGCUCAGAGACACCUGCACAGCAAUGUGAUGCUGGAGAACUUUGCGCUUUUGUCAUCAGUAGGUUGUUGGCAUGGAGCCAAUGAUAAGGAGGCAUCUUCCAAGCAAUGUGUUUCUGUAAGGGUGUUACAGGUCACAACCCCAAAGUCAGCUUUGUCCACCCUGGAGGCCCAGCCCUGCAAGACAUGUAGCACACUUCUGAAGGACAUUCUGCACCUGGCCGAGCACAACGGAACACACCCUGACCAAGGGCUCUACACGUGUGCAGCAGAGCAUUACCUGCACCAAAAGGAGCAGAUUAGAGAGAAGCUCAGCAGAAGUGAUGAGUGGAGGCCUUCAUUUGUGAACAACAAUGUUCACACGGCAGAGAGGAACUUCACCUGCACACAGAGUGGCAAGGAUUUGACUGCCAGUUCAGACCCUCUCCAGCAACAGAUCUUAAACAGUGGGUGGAAGCUGUACAGGGAUACCCAGGAUGGGGAAGCCUUUCAGGAUGAACAGAAUGAUUACAACUCCAGCCAAGGUGGGAAAGAGUUUUGCCACCAACAUAAGCUGUCUGAGCACCAAAAAACCCAUACUGGGGAGAGGCCUUAUGAGUUCAGUGAAUGUAGGGAACCAUUUCGGUACAAUUCCGACCUUAUUAAGUAUCAGCAAAAUCGUGCUGGAGAAAGGCCUUAUGAAUGCACUGAAUAUGGAAAGACCUUUAUUAGAAAGUCCAACCUUGUUCAGCAUCAGAAAAUUUGUACCGAAGGCUUUCUCUCAAAAAGGUCUGACCCUCUUGAACAUCAGGAGGUUUGCAGUAAACCAACACCUUAUGAAUGCACCCAGUGUGGGAAAGCUUUCCUUACACGGGCUCAUCUUGCUGGUCACCAGAAAAUCCAUACUGGAGAACAACAGCCCUAUGAAUGCAACAAGUGUGGGAAAUUUUUUAUGUACAACUCGACACUCAUUAGACAUCAGAAAGUUCAUACUGGCAAAAGGCCUGCUAAGUGUAGCAAAUACGGGAAAGGCUUUAGCCUCAAACUUGUUCAGCACCUGAAAAUUCACACUGGAGAAAGGCCUUAUGAGUGCACUGGAUGUGGGAAAGCCUUUGUUAGAAAGUCCCACCUAGUUCAGCACCAGAAAAUCCACACUGAAGCAUCUUCAAAAAGAUCUGACCUCAUUCUACACAAGAGGAUCAACAUCAGGCCAAGGCCUUAUACGUGUAGUGAAUGUGGGAAGGCCUUCCUUACACAGGCUCAUCUAGAUGGUCACCAGAAAAUCCAUACUGGAGAAUGGCUUUAUGACUGCAAUAAAUGUGGGAAAUUCUUUAUGGACAACUAUAAACUUAUUAUUCAUCAGAGAAUUCACACUGGGAAAAGGCCUUAUAAAUGCAGCAAAUGUGGGAAAUUCUUUAGCUAUCACCAUACACUGAGUAGACAUCAGAAAAUUCACACUGGGGAAAGACCUUAUGAGUGCAAUGAAUGUGGGAAAUUCUUUAUGGACAACUAUAAACUUAUUAUUCAUCAGAGAAUUCACACUGGAAAAAGGCCUUAUAAAUGCAGCAAAUGUGGGAAAUUCUUUAGAUAUCACUGUACACUGAGUAGACAUCAGAAAAUUCACACUGGGGAAAGACCUUAUGAGUGCAGUGAAUGUGGGAAAUUCUUAAGGGAUCGCUACCAACUCAUUAUUCAUCAGAGAGUUCACACUGGAGAAAAGCCUUAUGAAUGCAGCAACUGUGGGAAGUUCCUUGGAUACCGUUCUACAUUAAGUAAACACUAUAAAGUUUGCACUGGGGAGAGGCCUCAUGAGUGCAGUAAAUGUGGGGAAUUGUUUAGGACCAAAUCAAGCCUUUCUACACAUCAGCAGUCUCACUAGAGAAAGUCCUUUUAAGUUAAGGGAAUGUGGGAAAGACUUCAGCAACAAAUGUAAUACUGGUCAGCACCAAAAAAAUUCACAUAGGAGAAAGGUUUUAUGAGUGUGGUGAAUGCAGGAAAGUCUUUAACCAAAACUCUCACUUCACUAAGCACCAACAAGUUCAUAUCAGGUAAAGAACCUAUUAAUAUAUGUAAAUUUGAUGUUGAGAGUUUAGACAAAUCCCUGAGGAUUUCCUGCUGGGAACUACGUUAAGAACAUCUAUAAUUGUGGCAAAAUACAGGUAACUUAAAAUCUGUCAUCUCAGCCCAUAUUUAAAUGUACUGUUCAGUAGUGUUAAGUCAUUCACAUUGUUGUCAGUUAAGAUCCAGAAGUUUUCUCAACUUACACUAAAACAUUAAACCCUUUGACCAGGGGUCCACAACCCCCAGGCUGCAGACUGGUACCAGCUCCAGACUGGCCCGCUUGCAGACUGUUAGGAACCAGGCCAGCAUGACCACCUGAGCUCUACCUCCUGUCAGAUCAGUAGCAGCGUUAGAUUUUCAUAGGAGCACAAACCCUCUUGUGAACUGCAUGCGAGGGGUUUAGGUUGUGUGCUCCUUAUGAGAAUCUAAUGCCCGAUGAUCUGAGUUAGAACAGUUUCAUCCUGAAACUAUCCUCCCCCUCGUCUGUCCCUAACACCACCCCCCCCCCCAUAACCACUACUGUAUGAAUUUUACUACUGUAAAUACUUCGUAUGAGAAAACUUAAGUUUUAGACUUCUGUGGCUUAUUUUGUGGCUUAUUUCCCUGAAUGUCUUCAGGGUUUAUCCAUGUUGUAGCAUAAUUUAUAAUUUUCAUCUUUUUUAAAGGCUGAAUAAAAUCCCACUGUACUCAUGCAUUGCUUAACAGGAGGAGUACGUUCCGAGUAAUUCAUCUUAAGGGAUUUUGUCAUUGUGCGAACGAAGAGUGUACUUACACAAACCUAGAGUGUACUUACACAGCCUAUUACACACCAGGGCUGUAUGAUAUGGCCCAUUGCUCCUAGGCUGCAAACCUUAACAGCGUGUUACUGUACUAUUAUUUUUCCCCGAUUGAAACACGUCAGGGAGCGAGUGGUGAGUGAAUGUAAAGCUCUCGGACAUUACUGUAUUAUAGGCUUUAUAAGACAUUGUACACUGAGGCUACUCUAAUUUUUUCUUUAAUAAUAAAUUAACCUUAGUCUACCGUAA